AUGUCGCAAGCCACCAGCACCAAAUGUGCCUCGCGAUGGGUGACGCGCAUCAUCCCCAUCAUAAUCACCGGCACAAGCGGCUAUGCCACCUACGUGAUCGUGGCCUACCUGGGCAGUUGGUUUCCUUUAGAUCCCGGGGCGUAUUUGAUGAAUUGGCUGACCUUUUCUGCAGUCGACUAUCUGUACAAAACCAGGGGCGAAGUCGGCGCCGCAGUCUCGACAAUCACGAUUUACCUGUUCUUCUACCUCCUCACCAUCGCCACCUACUUACGAACCUUCCUCGAAAUCAAGAUAGACCCAGGUCUGGUACCGCUAGGUCCUCAGGCGCAACACCCUUCGAGGGAGUCGAACAAGAAGCGCAGGCGGAGAAAAGAGGGCGACCUAGAAAGCCAGCCGUACUAUACUGGCCCUGACCAAGACCCGGAUAGCCCCGGUCUUGAAGGCUUCUACAGCAAAGAAGUAUUUGUGUGCGAGAGUGACGGACGGCCCAAGUGGUGCUCCGAGUGCCGCAACUGGAAGCCUGACCGCGCCCAUCACUCGAGCGAGGUGGGCCGUUGCGUGCGGAAAAUGGAUCAUUACUGCCCCUGGGUCGGCGGCAUGGUAUCGGAGACUUCCUUCAAAUUCUUCGCCCAAUUCACCUUCUACUGCACAUUGUACUGCACAGUUGCUCUCGCCCAGGCUGCCUAUUGUCUCGCGCUGCAGGUGCGAGACGGCACAGUCGACGGUAGGACAAUAUCGGGCGUUGCCAUCGCCGCGUUUUUUGGUCUUUUUACCUUCCUCAUGACCGCGACCUCGUGGCGCUUCAUCCUCCUCAACAUCACCAACAUCGAUGCCCUCCGCAAGUCGUGGGUGCAUCAGCUAGCGAUCAGGGUGCCUGACGGCACUCGUUCUGGCAGCGACUACGGGACAGUCACGUAUCCUCUACCAAAGUAUCCGCAGGGGAUAUCCACCUCAUCAGAUGCUACCGUGGACAGCGGGACUUCGCGCGAUCGCCUCGCAACCCGUACUUUUGCCAUUGUUAGGACUGAGCCGGAUGAAAACCCGUGGGAUCUUGGCUACAGGAGGAAUUGGACGUCUGUCAUGGGACAUGGCUUGGUCGAUUGGCUUCUGCCCAUUCACGGAUCACCUUGUGUCAACCACGACAGCAUGGAGAGUGACUACGAGAUGGGCCCGUUGAUACAGACCCUCCGGGAAAGGCAUGGCCUACCCGAUCCCAAGCAACCCUCUGGUGAACUGGAAAUGCGGGAGAUGCGGCCAAGCGGCUACUAG